AUGCCAUACGCUGCAUCAGAUAAUAGCAAUAUAAUGUUACCGGUAGCAUCGCACAUGCAUUCAAAUUACAGUGGUUUUCAUCAUUUUAAUCCUAAUGCAGGAUAUCCAUCUCAUACUGCUAUCAGAUAUCAAACAGAAACAAUGCCUGCAAAUAGUUUUCAUCAACCACCACCUCCUCCAAAUUAUAAAUCAGAUAUGCAUGAUCAUCCAAGUUCCUCAAUGAUGAAUCACAAUCAAUUAAUGAAUUCAGCGCCACUUCCCUCAGUUGGUUCUGUGCCUGUUUCAUCACAAUCACCUUUAAAUUCUAUAAACUCUUUAAAUAAUGGUGGCAGCGGUAACGGUAACAAUCACAAACAGCAAUAA